CAGGGGUCGCUUCCCUCUCGGGUUAGAAGGAAGGAGCGGUGCCGGCUGAGUAAUCGCCGCUGGGCCGCUCCGGGAGCGCCGGCAGCGCCCUGCGGGACCUGCGCUGCCAGAGGGGCCCCGCAGCCCCCACCCCUCCGCCGGCAUCCCCCCGGCCUCUUCUCCAUCCUCUUUAUUACGGGCUCAGAAAAUGCUCCUCUUCCUCCUUCUCCUCCUCCUCCUCCUCCUCCCGCCGGAGCUCCGGGGUUGUGAGCAGAAAUCUAAUGAGACCCGACUGCCUGGUUAUGUAACUCCCGCUGCUUAAGGCUCCUGCCAGGGCGCUGCUGCCGGGCCGCCGGUGGGGCUCGGACCCCCCCCCCCAGAAACGCCGUUCCUCUCCCCAUAAAUAUAUUAAAAAAAAAAAAAAACAACAACCGGUUAGAAAUGAUUAGGCUGAUUUGUUUGAUCAGCUGCUUUUUUUUGCGCCCGCGGAUCGGUUUUCGCUUAGAAAAAAAAUUCACAGCGUCAGCCCCGGUGCGCCUUGAAAGGAUCGUUUCUUUCUUAAAGGACGUGGGGGGAAGGGAAACAAAACAGAUGGAUUAAUAAAUCAUUUUUAAAUGCCCCGUUUAACCGCCCAAUCAGCUUUUCUGUACUGAUUGUGCCCCCUUUGUAAAUAUCUUCUGUUUGCCCUUGAUCUUUUCCUUAUCCCCACCCGGUGCUGAUCCAGCAAACGUUUAAAGGUCGCCUUAUCGUACAGGCUUUCAAACUAUUCCCAUACCAUGUUGGGGAGAACACGAGUGGCUUGGAAAUAGGGUUCCAGACUUUAAAAGGAGAUUAUUCGGAGCAGGAAAUAAAAAAGCAGUGUAGCCUCAUUGUUAAAGGAUUUUGAUAUUGACUUUGAUUUCUCUAAUCUUUAAUGACAGCUACGCUAAAUUUUGUUCCUGGUGAUGCACUGCAGAACAAUCCACUGUUAAUUGAAAUUCUGUUCGGGGCUUUUAACUUCAGCAAAAAAAACAAACCAACAUAUUUUGUUUCAUUGGAACUUUUUGACAAAGGAACAAGAGCACUCAAGGUGAAGGAUAAUAAUCAACUCGAAUCAGCACUUUGAAUGAAACUUUGUUUCCCUGUGGCGUCUUGAACACUUUCUUCUUCGGGUUUUGAAACAGACUUAUAACUCUGUGGCAUAGCAGCUAUGCAGCUUGAAAUCCAAGUAGCACUCAAUUUUAUUAUUUCCUAUUUGUACAAUAAGCUUCCCAGACGACGUGUCAACAUCUUUGGUGAAGAGCUUGAAAGACUUCUUAAGAAGAAAUAUGAAGGGCACUGGUAUCCAGAAAAGCCAUACAAAGGAUCAGGGUUUAGAUGUAUUCAUAUAGGGGAGAAAGUGGACCCAGUCAUAGAACAAGCAUCCAAAGAGAGUGGUUUGGACAUUGAUGAUGUUCGUGGCAACUUGCCUCAGGAUCUUAGUGUUUGGAUUGACCCGUUUGAGGUUUCAUACCAAAUCGGUGAAAAGGGACCAGUGAAAGUGCUUUAUGUGGAUGAUAAUGAAAAUGGAUGUGAGUUGGAUAAGGAAAUCAAGAACAGCUUUAACCCAGAGGCCCAGGUGUUCAUGCCAAUUAGUGACCCAGCAUCUUCAGUGUCUAGUUCUCCUUCUCCUCCCUUUGGUCACUCAGCUGCUGUGAGCCCAACUUUCAUGCCCCGCUCCACUCAGCCUUUAACCUUCACCACUGCCACAUUUGCUGCCACCAAGUUUGGCUCGACCAAAAUGAAGAAUAGCGGCCGUGGCAACAAGGUCGCCCGCACCUCUCCCACCAACCUUGGCUUGAAUGUCAAUGACCUGUUGAAGCAGAAAGCCCUCUCCUCCUCCAUGCACUCUCUCUACGGGCUUGGCCUAGGCAGCCAGCAGCAGCAACAGCAACAGCAGAAGACUUCUGCCCUGUCUCCUAACGCAAAGGAGUUCAUUUUCCCCAACAUGCAGGGUCAAGGUAGUACCAGUAGCAUCUUUCCUGGUGACAGCCCCCUUAACCUCAGUCCUCUCCAGUACAGUAAUGCCUUUGAUAUGUUUGCAGCCUAUGGAGGUCUAAAUGAGAAGUCUUUUGUGGAUGGCUUGAAUUUUAGUUUAAACAACAUGCAGUAUUCUAACCAGCAAUUCCAGCCAGUUAUGGCUAACUAAAAAUAAACCGAAAGUGAAAUCCAAGUAAAUACUAUUGUACAAGUUAAAAAUGCACGUACCCAAGGGUGUAUCUUUUUUUCCACCUCUUGAGAUUUUUUUUAAGGCUUGUAGUAUGAAUACAUUCAGGCUUGGUUAGAUAAAUACAACAUGCAUCAUUUUUUUCAUUUGCCAACCAAGCACAAAAUUAUUUUAUACUGACUGUACAUUACAAAAAUAUACUCUCAAAAUAUGGCCUCUUACAGUAUUUAAGAUAUAGCAAGGACGUGGCUAAUUUUUUUCAUGUGUAUAUAUAUAUAUGUACACAGACAUAUAUAUAUAUAUAUUUAAAAAAUUGGCACUAAUAGGUGGGUUUAUUGGUCUUUUUCUAAUUGUAUAAUUUAAUUUAGUACAAAGUUUGUAAAAUAUCAGAGUAUAUAUAUUGUUUCUACAACAUGGUAUUGCAUUUAUAUCUUUUUACUACAGUGAUCUGUGACAGCUGCAGCAGCUUCAUGUUGUAUUUUUUUUACUGAAAUUGUAAGAUAUCCAUCUUAAAGACAUCAAUUCUAAAAAAAAGUUAAAAAGUUGUGUACAGAAUAUUCCUUAGUGGUGGAAUUAAAAUGUACGAAAUAUUUGCUUUUUUCAAAAGAAACACAAAUUGUAUUUUCUGUUAAAAGUUUAAAGAUUUUUGCUAUAUAUUAUGGAAGAAAAUGUAAUCGUAAAUAUUAAUUUUGUACCUACAUUGUGCAAUACUUGAAAAAAGGUAUAAAAGUAUUUUGAGUCAGUGUCUUACAUGUUAAGAGGGACUGAAAUAGUUUAUAUUAAGUUUGUAUUAAAAUUCUUUAAAAUUA